AUGUCGGAUGCUGUUUAUUUUCAAUUUACGCGUUAUUCACAACCAAUAUUAGUUAUUUUCGGAACAAUUGGUGCUGUGCUUAAUCAAGCUCUAUUCUAUUAUCGUAAACCAUUACGAAUGAGUUCAUGCUCAUUAUAUUUUCGUAUGCUUUCACUCAAUGAUCUACUUGUCAUCUACAUAACUAUAUUACCCUUAUGGCUUGCAAGUCAAUUUAAUAUUAAUCCAUCAGCAAGUUAUGAUUGGUAUUGUAGAUUAAAAACUUAUCUAACUGAUAGUUUGUACACAUUUUCACCAUAUCUGGUUGUUUUAGCUUGUCUUGAUCGUUUAUGUACAAGUUCAACAAAUAAUCGGUUACGAAAAAUUGCUACAAUUCGAAUUGCAUCUUAUCUUAUUCCUUGUACAGCUGCAUUCAUUUUUGCUGCUUAUUCUCACAUCUUUAUUGGAUAUAAACGCGGUGUUGUUGCAAAUGUUGCAUACUGUGCCAGUUUCGAUGCUUCUUACAGCAAAUUUAUAGGUUUAUAUAUAUUAUUUUUCUUAUGCAUAAUACCUCCUAUAUUGAUGGUGAUUUUAUGUAGUAUUACAUUAAUAUUACUUCGUCGACAAAGACGUCGAAUAAUGCCAGUUAAUCAAGCACGUUUACGACAACGUGAUAAUCAGUUAUUGAAAAUGCUUUUUAUGUAUGUUACAUUAAAUGUUAUAUGCAAUGUUCCAUUUGCUGUUACAUAUGUGAUGCUGACAUUUGAACAACCAAAAUAUGUAGCAUUACAUGUUAGUCUUUUUCGUUUAUUUGGUUUAUUAAUAAAUGUCAAUUUUUCAACAAGUUUUUAUGUGUAUACACUUGGUACUCCAUUCUAUCGACAUGAAUUAUAUAAUUUUAUCAUGGUCAUUAAAAAUAAAAUACAGCAAACAAGUGGUGUGUAUGUUCAAAAACGAGAGACACAUGGAAGUGUACGUACAUGA